CUGUUCUCCGCGCAGCCCUGGUUUGAUGAGGGAAAAUGUAUCGUCUCGGCCAACAGUUUAUCUCCAAGAUCGCUUCCGAUUUCUUUUUAUCCAGUGUGCCACGGGAGUAUUUUCCUUUUACGAGACAAUACAAUAAAAGCUGGUCGUGUAUUGGCUGAUUUUGGAUCAAAUUUAACACGUAUCUGCACGAAAAUGCCAAGGACUAAAAAGAAGAAUAGCAGGGGAGGCCAGCAUGGAGCUGUGCAGCCCUUCAGUGACGAGGACGUCUCCAUCGAGACCCUCAGUCGUUGCAGCAGCUUCAGUGACGCCACCAGUGUAGCAGAUGAAGGUGGAGAGGCCAGCGAGGACGCAGCCCAGGAGGAUUUCCAGUACAAGCUGAAGGGGUUUAUAGACAGCACAGUGGACAAGAGUGCUAAGACCCGACAGGGGGCGCUGGAUGGGCUUAAGGCGGCCAUGGCCACACGGAUCCUGUAUGAGUUCAUCUCGGAGAGGAGGAUGACCAUCACAGACAGCAUCGAGCGCUGUCUCAAGAAAGGCAAAGGUGAUGAGCAGCGAGCAGCAGCUUCUUUAGCCUGCUUGCUCUGCAUCCAGCUGGGCUCGGGAAUCGAGAGCGAGGAGGUGUUGAAGACCCUGAAACCAAUCUUCAAAAACAUCCUGGCUGAUGGAUCAGCAAACAUACAAGCCAGACAGGCUGUGGCGACAAGCCUGGGUCUCUGUACAUUAGUCGCAGAAGACGACAUCUUGGACGUGCAGGCCACCAUGGAGUGCUUCGAGAACUUGUUCACCCGGUCGUACGCGAGGGCGGACGGCACGUGCCCUACGAUCAGUCCCCAGAUGAGCCAGCUCCACACCAACGCCCUGCUGUCCUGGGCCCUGCUGCUGACCAUCUGCAGUGCCAACCAGCUCAAAGACAUCCUGCACAAACACUUGCCUAAACUACACAGGCUGCUUGAGAGUGACGAUGUCAACAUGAGAAUUGCCGCAGGAGAGACUAUUGCGUUGCUUUUUGAGGUGGCCAGGGACAUGGACUCUGAGUUUGAGUUUGACGGCUGGGAGGACCUGUGUGACAAACUGAACGCGCUGGCCACAGACUGCAACAAGCACAGGGCCAAGACGGACAAGAGGAAGCAGCGCUCGGUGUUCAGGGACGUGCUCAAGGCCGUGGAGGAGGGCGACUUCCAAUCUGAAACCAUUCGCUUUGGGACGGAGCGCAUGACCAUUGACAGCUGGGUCAGAAAGAGGACCUACGACGCCUUCAGAGAGUUUGUGGGCUCCGGGAUGAACUACCACCUGCAGGCAAAUGAAUUCAUCAGAGACGUCUUUGAACUGGGACCACCUAUGCUGGUUGAUUCCGCCACAAUGAAGGCCAUGAAAAUCUCUCGCUUUGAAAGGCACCUCCACAACUCGGCUGCAUUCAAGGCUCGGACCAAGGCCAGGAGCAAGUUCAGGGACAAGAGGAUAGAUGUGGGAGAAUUUUAAUCUUUUUGUCUCCACUGUAAUAGAUAAUUUAUCAUGCUAUCCUGCUUUUUAUUUUUUGCUUUUUUUUUUAAGGUGGGAAUACCACAUGCGUGUGCUCGCGUGAUUGUCCUCCCCCCCCCUCGAAAUCCAUUCGUGUCAGACACUCGCCUUCCGUCAGACUUGAAGUUUUAUCCCAGCGGCUUUGCUUCGUAAUGAGCAAAGAAUCAUUUUUAUAGCAAAUCGGCAGGAGGCGAGUGUUUGACGAUGAAAUGAGAGAUCCCGGGCGUAGUGUAACUUUAAUACUGUAUAUCCACAGAAGACAGUGGUGUUGUUGUACAUAGCGUGUAUAUUUGUGUUCUCCUCGUGUUUCAUUACGUGGCCUUUUCUUGAACAUUGAGAUAAGUUAUAACAUUCUGCCAGCAUUUCGUUAGAUAGUCAUUUAAUUUAUCCUGCACCUUGUAGUUCCGUUUAAGUUGCUGUUAAGACACGUGACUGACUUAACCUUUUAAUUAAUUUGUGUUAAGUUGCACUAACUACCUAGUUAUUGGCAUAUUAUUUAUGUAUGACCUCGGUGAAUAUUGUGUUUAGUAUUGGGUCUGUACUCUUAGAGGGCAAAGAUGGUGAAAUAAACACUGAAAAAGCUGUAA